AUGCCUCAAAAAUACUUUAGCCCUGAAAACUCAUCAGAUAUCAGUGAAAAAAAUUACCCUCUUUCGGAUCAAAUUAAUAUUGCUAAUAGGGCAAGACACACUCAUUUAAAUAAACUAAUAAUCGAACGUCUACCGCUAGCCUUGCCGCCAUUCUCUCAAAAUCCAUCCGUCUAUGCCACGGGUCUGCUACAUUUUGCCCCAAUAUACAUUGCCUUUGAAGAAUUAUGGGAUAACAUUUUACAUCCUUCUCAGUGCAGCUCUAGUCUAAGGAGCUCUUUCCCGCCAAUUUCAUUUGAGACUGGACUACCAAAUCCAUAUACAGGCAGCAAUCCCUCCUCACCUAUCUCAGACUCACCUUCUCUUCCGGAUAUUCCGAGAAUAUGUUCGCGGAAAUCUUCGCUCCUUUGUAAAGUUCGACUUCCGGAACUAUUACGUACUGGAAGACUACGCUCUGAUCUCAAGAGAUUAAUAGGCGUAACAGAGGAUGAAGUUCAGGAACAAAUCAUGUUCGUUUCCACGACAGGAGCUCUAGCCAAAUUUCUAGAGCAUAUGAGGCAGAGCGUUACCGAAAAUCCUCACUUGCUGCUUGCAUAUGCCUGGGUUUUUUAUAUGGCACUGUUUUCUGGUGGUAGAUAUCUACGGGCUUCGCUAAAAGAAGCCGGUGGAAGUGGUGCGAAUUUUUGGGCCCAAAGUCCUUCGCCUUUCAGCUCAUACUCGAACAUGUGGACGAAUAGCAAGCGUGAAAAAUCACAGACACUCUCUGGGUCAGAUUCAAAAAGUAUAUCUAUCCUCACACCAGCCCCCCCAGCAAAUGAGGACGAGGAGAUGCUCUUCAAACUUAGCUUCUUUCAUUUUGUCGGUAAUGAUGACGGAGAGGAUAUCAAGCGUGAAUUCAAGCACAGAUUUAACGAGUCAGAAACGCUUCUAUCGGAUAAUGAGAAAUCUGAAAUUGUUUUGGAAUCUCAGUUAAUAUUCAAGUUUAUGAUCGAGAUAAUUGGAUAUUUAGACGAAGAGAUGAGCACACAGGAAGACGACCUUGAUAACUCAUCAUUACCGAGACAGUCAAGACUACUGAUGACUGCUCGAGAUAGUGUGAGCGUUGCUAAAGAACGGAUGUUACAAAGAAGUUAUUCAGAACCGUCUGGGCUAGGAGUCUCCGUUUCCAAAGCAGUCUCUUUUGAGCUGCCAUUUCCGACGCUCAAAAGUGCUAGAGCAGCAUCAGCAAGUCGCGCGUUGCAUGAAAAACAGAAAUCUAGAGCCCUUGGUUCAAAUUCAACUGGCUUUAAGUUGAUCGAAACUUAUAACCUUAUGUCAAUAUUACCGCUAAUAGGGUUAUUCCCUUUAAAAGAGCAAGGGAUCGAUAUUCUAUCAAGCAACUCGAACCAAAUGAGCAGAGUCCGGCUCAUCAUGGCCGCUCGCUUUUGA